CAUGUUGUCUACAUAUGGCACGUACCUAUAAAUGUUGUUGACUCAAUCCUGGUGAGUAUAACUGCUGAACUGGAUGGCAUCCAUGAAGCCAAACUGGUAAUCUUUUGUGAUACUAUGGAAGGAAUGGGAACAAAAUAUUUUUCUGCUGAUCUUUCAUAAGACACUCCGCCAUCUGCAUACAGGACAACCUUGAGAGUUCAGACGAAGUUAAUUGCAUCUUCAGUCAUGCUUAACCUUUAAAAAACAAAUAAUUUCUUAUGAUAAAAUCCCGGCUUCAGGUUACACUUGACACAAUUCCAUCUGCCAAUUCGUUAUCUCACACACGGUCAUGCACAGCCGGGAAGCAAAAAUCGCCGGCCUUGAACAACAGAUCGGGCGCUAAUUGUGGUGUGGUGUCACUGCAGCAGUGACAACCAGCCGAAAUCGCGGACGGAUUCAGCAGGCACAUAUCAGAAUCUCGUCGUUCAAAGUAUCUGAAGAAUUUGCACAUCUCCCGCUUCUCCCACGCAGACCUUUUCUCCCCUCCAUUCCUAUAUACUACACCCCUCGCCCUUCCCACCUGGCGUCUCUUCAUUUCUCUUCAUCCUCGUGGACGCGACGCGCGCGCACUAAACUCGCGUGAUCGCGUUACCUCGCCGGCCGUCGAGAUGGCGACGGAGGCGGCGCCGGAGUGGCUGGACACGGGCGACAACGCGUGGCAGCUGGCGGCGGCGACGCUGGUGGGGCUGCAGAGCGUGCCGGGGCUGGUGAUCCUCUACGGCAGCAUCGUCAAGAAGAAGUGGGCCGUCAACUCGGCCUUCAUGGCGCUCUACGCCUUCGCCGCCACCUUCGUUUGCUGGUGCGUAUGGGCUUUCCGCAUGUCCUUCGGCGACCGCCUCCUCCCCUGCGUUGGCCGCCCCGACCUCGCCGCGCUCGACCAGGCCUUCCUCACCGAGCAGGGCUUCGCCGGGGCUUACCCGGCCGCCACUCUCCUCUUCUUCCAGUUCGUCUUCGCCGCCAUCACGCUCAUCCUCGUUGCCGGCUCGCUCCUCGGCCGCGUCAGCUUCCGGGCGUGGAUGCUCUUCGUGCCGCUCUGGCUCACCUUCUCCUACACGAUCGGCGCGUUCAGCAUCUGGAGCCCCAAAGGGUUCCUCUUCAAGGCCGGCGUCAUGGACUUCGCCGGCGGAUACGUCAUCCACCUCUCCUCCGGCGUCGCCGGCUUCACCGCCGCAUACUGGGCCGGACCGCCGGACGCGGUUAUAUAUGGCCAGGUCGGCCCGAGGACGGCGAAGGACAGGGAGGCGUUCCCACCGAACAAUAUCCUACUGACGCUCGCCGGCGCGGGGCUGCUAUGGAUGGGGUGGACGGGGUUCAACGGCGGUGCUCCGUACGCCGCCAACAUCGACGCGUCGGUCGCCGUCGUGAACACGCACCUCUGCACGGCCACCAGCCUCCUGGUCUGGCUCUGCCUCGACUGCUUCGUCUUUGGCCGCCCCUCCGUCAUCGGCGCUGUCCAGGGCAUGAUCACCGGCCUCGUGUGCAUCACCCCCGCCGCGGGACUGGUGCAGGUCUGGGCGGCCAUGCUCAUGGGCGCCAUCUCCGGAAGCGUGCCGUGGUGCACCAUGAUGGUGCUGCACAAGCGGAGCCGCUUCCUGAAACGCGUCGACGACACGCUCGCCGUGCUCCACACGCACGGCGUGGCUGGCAGCCUCGGCGGCGUCCUGACGGGGGUCCUGGCGGAGCCGCGGCUCAGCCGCCUCUUCUUCGGCGACGACCCCCGGUACGUCGGCCUCGUGUACGCGAUCAAGGACGGCCGCGCCGGCGCGGGGCUCCGGCAGGUGGGCAUGCAGUUGGCCGGGAUCGCCUUCGUCGUGGCGCUCAAUGUCGCCGCGACGAGCGCGGUGUGCCUGGUCGUCGGGAUGCUCGUGCCGCUCCGGCUCAGCGAGGAGCAGCUGGCGGCCGGCGACGACGCGAUACACGGGGAGGACGCGUACGCGGUGUGGGGCGACGGCGAGACUUACGAGCAGUCGGUGCAUGGGAACCAUGGGUACCCCAUGAUGUCCAAUCCCGUGGCGUCCAAAGCCGACGAGAUGAUAUGAUUGUUCAAGCGUGCACUACAGGAUGACAGGAAAUCAAAGGCGUUUUAAGGAAACGCCUUAAUUACCUCUUAUUUGAAGAAAUUCUUGCAAAACACUUUAAAGCAUCUACAA